UUUUCCGUGUGCCCGGGUCUGGAUCUGUGAGCCUGUCCCGGAGUCCUGUAGCAGCCGGUCCACACACACAUCAUGGCUUUCUUUACCCACCAGAUCUGCAGAAGUUUCUCGUCCUCGGCUGUGAGGAAUGUUGUUAUUAAACACGUGACGAUCAUCGGAGGUGGACAGAUGGGUGCAGGAAUUGCACAGGUUGCUGCAUCGACGGGCCACUCGGUGACGCUGGUGGACACAAAUGACGACAUCCUGAAAAAGUCUGUCAAAGGAAUCGAAGGGAGCCUUAAAAGAGUGGUCAAGAAGAAGUACGCUGAUAAGCCAGAGGCAGGUGAAGAGUUCAUCCAGAAAGUCUUGCAGAAUGUUUCUACCUCGACAGACGCUGGAUCUGCUGCGCAGAGCUCGGAUCUUGUGUUGGAGGCCAUUGUGGAAAAUCUAAAAAUCAAGCAGGAUCUCUUCGGUCGUCUUGACAAGCUGGCACCGCCACACACCAUCUUCGCCAGCAACACAUCCUCCCUGCCUAUCUCUGACAUCGCCAGCUCCACCAACCGGCUGGACAGAUUCGGCGGCCUCCACUUCUUCAACCCGGUCCCUAUGAUGAAGCUUGUAGAGGUCAUUGGAACCUCAGCAACAAGCCAAGACACUUUUGAUUCCCUCCUGAACUUCAGCAAAAUGCUUGGAAAAACACCCGUGUCCUGCAAGGAUACACCAGGAUUCAUUGUAAACCGCCUGCUUGUUCCUUACAUAAUGGAGGCCAUCCGGUUGUAUGAGAGAGGUCAUGGAUCUAAAGAGGACAUUGAUAUUGCCAUGAAACUUGGUGCUGGUUAUCCCAUGGGACCCUUUGAGCUCUCGGACUAUGUAGGACUAGACACAAUGAAAUUCAUUAUGGAUGGUUGGAGUGCAAAGGAUCCCCACAACCCACUCUUUGCCCCGAGUGAAUUGCUGAACAAGUUGGUUGCGGAGGGCAAAUAUGGCAAAAAGACGGGAGAAGGAUUCUACAAGUACAAGUAAUGAAGUUUUGCAGCGUUUCUGGUUUUGUGUGGAGGACGUCGAUCUGGAACGAGUCAGAAAAUGAACCAUCCAAGAGGGACUAAUAAGAAAAACGGAAAUAGAAAAAGUGCCUGUGCCUUCUACAUGAAAGGUCAACUUUUGUCUGUCAGUCCAUUUUCUUAUGUAUUUAUCCACUGAAUUACAUUUUUGUGUGUGUGGAGAUUAAACGAAAUGAAAUUUAAAAAAGA